AUGCAUCAAGACACCGCGGCCGCCGCUUUUUUAAGGAGGAAUAUGGUGCUGCAACUUAUGCUGUUGAUGUUCUCCUUGUCGUCGUUUCCAUCGGUCACAGCCGAGUGCCCAGACAAAUGCACGUGCGUCAAAAGCAAUGUCCGCUGCGCUUACCAGGAACUGGACCGGAUACCCGACCUCAUAUCUCCCGAUACCACCGACCUGGACUUGAGAUUUAAUAAAAUUAGGGAUAUCGAACCGAAAUCAUUAACUCAUCUGACAGAGCUAAAGAUCUUGGAUUUUAUCAACAAUAUAAUAAGUGAUCUGAAAAAUGGUGCAUUUGCAAACCUUUCGAAGCUUCAGAUAUUAUACUUGGAUCGAAAUACAAUCAAAAGUAUCGAGACUGGGGUUUUUAAUAACUUAACGACCUUGGAAGAAUUAUGGUUGGGCUCCAACAGUAUUCAUACGCUCGAUUCGGAAAUGUUUAAAGGACUUACAAAACUGAAUACACUGUAUUUGAGCGACAAUAUGAUAAGAAAUAUUCCACCUGGGAUAUUCGAUUCAUUAACGUCGUUGAGUAUUUUACGGCUUGACAAAAACCCGUUGACGUGCGAUUGCGAUAUGCUGUGGUUUGUAAAUGUGCUAAAGAAAAUACGAGAUGAUAAUUGGUUUCACGAUCGGAAUUGGGAUGCGACGUGUCAUUUUCCCAUAAAAAUUAGCGGGAAAUCGCUGGUAGAAAUUACCGAAAACGAUUUUCAGUGCGCGUCUCCGGAUGUAAUCGAGGUACCAGAGAACAAGACGGUGUCGGUCGGUGAACAGUUACAACUCUCGUGCAAAGCUGUAGGAAACCCGGCACCUUCUAUAACGUGGGCCAAAGACGACAUCGACCUAGAACUUGGCCAAAGAGUUCAGGUAUUUCAAAACAAUACAUUGAUUAUAUCUAAAGUGGAAAGAACGGAUGGCGGUCAAUAUAAGUGCGUGGCGUCCAAUUCUCUUGGACAAAAAUCUUUCGAGGCGAUGGUUAAAGUAAACGGUUUGGCGGAAAAUGGUUCUAAUACCAUGUUUGGAGUAAUACCAUUUUUUAUUAUUAUUAUUAUAUUUGCGAAUUGCGUAUUGUAUAAUGACAUAUUGUGA